AUGAGAAGUUUUGAAAACAGUUAUGUCAAUAUAUCAUCUUUGGGACUACUGGGUAACUUCUUGAUAAGAGGAAAAAUUAUUUUACAAGAUAUUUGGCGAUCUGGAAUUGAUUGGGAUCAAAAAAUUAGUAACGAAAUAGAGAAAAAGUGGAAAAAAUGGCUGGAGAAUUUAGAACAAAUGUAUAAGCUUAGAAUUCCAAGGUGUUAUUGUCUUGCUGCGUGCUACACAGUUCAGCUACAUAUGUUUUCAGAUGCAAGUGGAAAAGCCUUUGGAGGUGUUGGCUACUUUAGAUUUGAAUACAAUAAUGGCAUACAGGUAUCUUUAGUAAUGUCAAAAACACAGGUAGCGCCAUUAAAGCCAAUAUCAAUACUACGUUUGGAACUUCAAGCUGCUUUAGUUUCAUGUAGAUUAGCUGAAACCAUAAAGAAAAAACAUAGCAUAAAAAUCGAUUCUACACAUUUUUGGACCGAUUCUCAAAUAGUUUUGUCAUGGAUAAAAUCUGAGGCAAGAAUACUGGGAACAUUUAUCGCAAAUCGUGUAGGAGAAAUUCAAGAAAAAACUAGUACAAAAAAUUGGCACUGGAUAUCAACUAAAUUGAAUGUAACAGAUGAAGCAACCAGAGAUGAAGAAACACUCAAGUUAAACCUGAAUGAAAGAUGGCAUAAAGGUCCGGAUUUUCUAUAUCUACAGGAUGUAGACUGGAAUAGCUUAAACCUAGCACAAAAAUGUGAAUCUAUUUCUGAAUCAGGAGAAAAUGAAAAAUUAAUUCUGGUUAAUCAAAAAGUUUCAUUAGAUUUUCUACCAGAUAUGAGAAAGUUUUCUUUUUGGACAAAAGUCAUACGAAGCACCGCAAUAAUUUACGUUUUUAUAGAUUUUAGAAUUGCAAAAAGAAGACAAGACCAAACCAAAAUAUCCAGACAAGAUAUAGAAAAAGAAGAGAGUUUGUGGAUUAGGAAAAUUCAGACAGAUAAUUUUCAGAAAGAGAUAUUAGAUCUAGAAACUAAAAAUAUUGUAAAUUCACAAAGUGCACUCUAUCAACUUACACCAACGGUGAAGAAUGGACUCAUCUGUAUGAAUGGAAGAAUUAACAAGGCUGUAGAACUACCAGAAGAAACAAAAAACCCAAUCAUUUUAAGCAAUAAGCAUUUAGCAACCAAAUUAUUAAUUUUGAUGUACCAUAGAAGAACUGGACAUGGAGGAGUGGGAAUUACAUUAAAUGAAAUUAGACAAAAAUUCUGGAUAUUACAAGCAAGAAAAACAAUAAAAAAUGUAAUAAGAAAUUGUGCCUUAUGUGCCAUAAGAAAGGCUAAGCCAAGAAUUCCGCAAAUGGGACAAAUUCCAGAAUUUAGGCUAGAAAAACCAAUGACACAAAGACCCUUUACAUAUACGGGUAUAGAUAUGUUUGGCCCAUAUAAUGUUAGCAUCGGGAGAAGAAGAGAAAGAAGAUAUGGUAUGCUCUUCACUUGUUUGUCAGUAAGAGCAAUCCAUAUUGAAUUGACAGAGACACUUAAUACCGAUUCUACAUUAUUAGCCCUCAGACGUUUUAUUUCACGUAGGGCUCAACCUAAAAUGAUUUUAUGUGACAAUGGUGGGAAUUUCCAUUCUGCUGCUAAAGAACUAAAAAGCGCUCUGAAGGAAAUAGAUUAUGACAAAAUAGAGAGACAUUUAUUAGCAGAGGAAAUCGAAUGGAGGUUUAUACCACCUGCCAGUCCCCACAUUGGAGGCGCGUGGGAGAGAAUGGUCAAGUCAGUCAAGUCCGCUUUAAAAAUUUCACUGAGAGAACAAUCACCAAGACCAGAAGUUUUGGAAACAUUAAUGUGCGAAGCCGAACACAUUGUAAAUAGCCGUCCUUUAACAUAUGUAUCAUCGAGCGCGGAAGAUCCAUUAAGUAUCACCCCAAACCACUUUCUUAUAGGCUCAUCAAGCAUAGUCAAACCGCCAGGAUUAUUUAUCGAUCAAGAUUGGAAUAUUAGAAAACAGUGGAGGAUUUCUCAAAAAAUUACAGAACAUUUUUGGACCAGAUGGAUAAAAGAAUACAUUCCAACACUUACCAAACGAACGAAAUGGUUCCAAGAAAACAAAAAUCUAAAAAUAGGUGACCUUGUUAUUUUGAUGGACGAUAAAUUCCCUAAAAACAAUUGGCCGCUGGGACGGGUGGAAAAAGUAUAUCCGGGACACGAUGGAAAGGUACGAGUAGCCGAUAUAAAAACUAAAACUGGGACUUACUGCCGACCUCUUACUAAAAUCUGUAUUGUUGAAUGUUUGGAAAUGGGUGAAGACUGA